GUAGGGACCGGAAACACCCGGCGCUGUUCUCGCCGUCGUUCCGCAGCUACCUCUGCUGUUCGGAGAAUCCGUCAUGUCGCUUGGCUUCACAGAUGAAGAGUUCCAGGGAGCGUGGAAGGAACUGGACGAGCCGCAGCUGGACGGAGGAUGGGAGCUUUUCACCGAGACCAUGGGGGUCAAGAUCUACCGCCUCUAUGACAAGGAAACGAAACUUUACGAGUACAAAGUCUUUGGCGUGCUCGCCAUCUGCAGCCCAGAGCUGUGCGCAGACGUCUACAUGGACCUGGCCUAUCGGAAACAUUGGGAUGGAUAUGUGAAAGAGCUCUGUGAGAAGAACUUUGAAGGACAAACGGCAAUCUACUGGGAAGUCAAAUACCCGUUUCCUCUGUCAAACAGAGACUAUGUUUACAUAAGGGAGAGGAGAGACCUGGACGUGGACGGCAGGAAGAUCUGGGUGAUCCUGGCCAGAAGCUCAGCGGAGACGGCGUGCGCGGAGAAGAGCGGUGUGCUGCGGGUCAAAGACUACAAGCAGAGCGUCGCGCUGGAGAGCGACGGAGCUGGGGGAACCAAACUUUUCAUGAAUUACUUCGACAACCCUGGUGGUAUGAUCCCGACCUGGCUGGUGAACUGGGCCGCUAAGAACGGCGUUCCGGGUUUCCUCAAAGACAUGCAGAAUGCCUGCAGCAAUUACAGCUGCUACUGCCAGAAGAAAUAAAAGCAGCAGCAGCAGCAGCAGAUGAUUGUACUCACCCUCACAAUCAAGGGCUUUGAUCCUUUUUUUUAUUAUUAUUAUUGUUUUAGUUUUGGGAGAUGUGUUUGAUUGUUUGACUCUUCUGUGCGUGGUGUGGGCUGCUACUUUGACUCAGGCAUGUUUUUUGCAUGACACCAGAGAUCCUCGUCAAUCAUUUUUGAUCAUAAUCAACACUUUUGUUCGCUGUAAAUUUCCGAAAACCAGCCUUGCAAGACCAGGGCUGCCGACCCUGGAGUCCUCAGAAUCAUGCAAAAGACGGCACUAAACACAAACCUUAGCCAGGUACCGGCUAUAAGAUCAAGGUGGCAAUAUUAUAUUUUCUGCACCUUCUCGCACACGUUUUAUGUUUUUUUGCAAAAAAUUAGCUCACAUUCAAUCGUUGCA